AUGGAUUCCUCUCAGAGAGAACUGCAGGCCAUGGAGACCAUGACGUCCGCCUUCAUCCACAAGUUCCCUCGUGUGACCCCUGACCUCUUCGUCGACCUAUCACAGUUUAUACCUUUCAUGUCCGUCUCUGACAUCAUGAGCUUCCCCACCUCCCUGAUGGUCAACACCAGCGUGUUGAUGGCGAUCCGUGACCACAGCACAGAGAUGAAGUCUCCACAGAAACAGGCGUUUGUGAAGAGGCUCCUGCAGUCCAGUGUGGUGGGAGAUGUUCCUUCCUGGCCACCAAACUUCCUCAGCUCCAUCCUCCCACUGCUCCCACACCUCCCAGUCAGCCAAUUUCAGCAGCUGACAUCAGACCAGGCGGUGCGGCCUCUGAACGCCAGCACUCUACCUCCUCCAGCACUGGCCACCCUCAGGGGCCUACUGCCCCAGCUAGGGGCUUCCUUCCUGCAGUCACUGCCCUCACUACAGCUAUUGGACCUGCUAACACAACCAGGUCUGCCCAGCUUCUCCCCAGCACAGCUCACCAUGGAUAUACUGUGCAGGCUGAAGCCCUUACUGCCUGGCCUGUCCCCUGCUGUGCUCAGAGGCAUACACUGGUCUGAGAUCAGUGGAACCACUCACUGCCAAUGCUGGAGCACUCUACUGCCUGCCCUGAAGCCUGCCCAUAGAGCCAUGCUCCACAAGGCACUGCAGGAGAGGAAAUGCGUUGUAGAGGAACUGCGGCAAAGACCAGAGGAAGACCUGGAUGGUAUAAGCCCCUGGUUUGCUGCAGAAUUACCGGUGAACCUGAUUGAGAGCCUGUCUAAUACUUCACUGACAGCUGUCCUGGCUCACAUUCAGCAGCACUUUGUGGACUUCAUCAAGCUGCCCCGUCAUAAGCAGAUGGCCUUAGCAGAAAAGACCAUCACUGUGCUGGGCAACUCUCAGGGCCUGGCCGAGGGGGAGCUCAGGGGGGCCUCUGUGGACCUCCUGGGGCCCCUGCUGCCCUUCCUGGACAGGGACACCCUGGGGCUGGUGGACAGAGGGGCCCUGGGGCUGCGGCUGGAUGAGCUGAGGGGGUACUGCCUGCCCUGGGACACCCUGAAGGACAUGGCUGCUCUGCUUACUGGGAGAGACCUGCUGGGCUGGUUAUGGCAGCACUGGGCUUGUGGGUAUGUCAUGUAUGCAUUUAUAACAGAAAUCUGGUGCGUGUAUGUGUGUGUUUAUUGUAGAGAGGCAUCGGCCUGGACGGUUGGGGAUGUGGAGCUUGUUGGCAGACUGUUAUUUACUCUCUCACCAAAACAGAUCAACUCCAUCCCACUGGUGGUGCUGAGUGCAGACACGGUGGAGGAGGUUCUGGCAGGUCAGUGGCGCUGGGAGAACAGUGAUGUGGGUCAGGUCUGUGCGUCCCAGUGUGUGGACCAGCAUGGCCAGAGAGAGAGGAUCCACAGCCUCAUACGAGGGGUCGUCAGAGCACAGAGCAGGAGGAGAAAAGUGCCAGUCCCAAGCUGUGGUGACAUAAGAGGCACCUUCCCCUCAGCAUGGACAGCCAAUCAGCUGAGCCGGAUGGCGGGGGAGGAGUUGAGGCAGUGCACAGAGGUCAUAGGUCAGGACGCUUCACUGAGCCCUGACCGGCGCAGAGCACUGUGGGUAAAGCUCAGGCAGGCCUACAGUCCAGUCAGAGGCCUGAGGCCAGAGCAGGUCCUGGGGCUGGGCUGUCUGGUCACUGAGCUGGGGGAGAGGGAGCUCCAGGACACUAACCUGACUGACCUGGGUGUCCUGGCCUACCUGGGGGCUCUGACCGACUGGAGCCCAAAAAAGAUGAGAGCAGCAGUUGUUGGUGUGAUGCGGAAGCGGAAGUUGAAGGUGGAGCAGCUCGGAGCUGUAGAAGUGGCUUCUCUAGGACAUCUGCUCUGUGGUUUCACACUGUCAGAGAUCAACAGACUGGACCCCUACAACCUCAGCAUGGCUGCUCUGUUCCUGAGGGAGCUGGCCCUGCCGUGUUCAGAGCAGCAAAUGGAGGCUCUGACCGCUCGUCUCUCCAGUCCUCAGGCCUUUGGCCCCGUCAGUACCUGGGGCCCAGAGGUCUUCACUGAGAUCGGCACACUAGCAGCGGGUCUGGAGGACAUGGUUCUAUCUGCUCUGGUACAGGAGCAGGUGGAGGGGCUCAUACCCGACGCUAUCGCCCUGAUUCCCCCCACAAAGAUGGCUGUGGUAUUCAGUGCUGUCCAGUUGUCAUGGCUGAAUGUGGAGCAGGCGUGGGUGGUCACAGAGAAGCAGUGGGCGGAGCUGAACAGUGGGCAGAGACAUGCCUUGGGCCUGGUGCAGUAUGAGGGGGAUGUCCUGUUAGAGCACAGAGGGAGGAAUGUGGCCCCGGCAACACGGUCAGCUGACAGCCUCACUGUGUGCUUAUUGUCUCUAUGCUGUAUGUUAUGGCAACUAUCGUAAAACACACAGUAACCCAUUUGUAUUUAUUUGUUCUUUGACCUUUUAUCGAAAUGUAACAUUUGUACUUAAAAAUAAACCGAACAUUUUGAACUGUG